AUGAAAAUUGACAGUACAACACAGGUGGAUUGGACGAUUCUUGGUGACACCGAGUACAUUCAGCCGGACCAAGACCACAUGAAAUACCCCGAGGAAGUCGAGCUAAAGAAGGACAUUGACUUUGGUUCUAUUGCAAAUGAUAAACCACUCGCUCCCCUUUUCUUUGAGCACUUCUUUCCAUCUGUUGAAGGGCACGCGAAGAAGAUGGACGAAUUCUUUGCGGACAUCAAUGCUCCCUAUCAUGUCAAAGUGAAAGAAGGAAAGGUCAAGUUCCAUGAUCCGGACGCCCCUGAUCCCGACUGGAUUAUUAAACAAGCCUACUUAUUGAUGAUUGCCGCAGCCACGGAGGCAGAUGUGGGUGUGGACAACUUAUGGCUCUAUGGAAAGAGUGGUGGCAGAAGAGAUCGCGCGAACUUCGGACAGUACAUGCCGAAGCUUUGGUUCAAGUGCUUCCUUGCCGCCGCUCCUUAUAUGUUCUGCGACAAAGAGCAUUGGUUCAAAGAAAGGCGAGAGAAACCUUGGGAAAUCUUUUCAGAUGCACUUGACAGUUUCAAUGAAAAGAGAGUACAACUAUUCAAGAACGUCCUGGCAAUGAUGGAUGAGACUAUGUCCGGGUGGAGGCCGAAAACGUCCAAGACAGGUGGCUUACCCAACAUCAGCUUCGAGCCAAGGAAACCGGUUCCUUUGGGUACAAUGCUGAGGAACGCAGUAGAGUGCAUGACCGGGUGUCUUAUCCACUAA